UGAAACAUCAAUAAAUUUAGUUCCUAAUCUCGGAAAUUUGAUCCACUUUAUGAGCCAAACUAGGCCGCAGGACAGGCCUUGUUUAUCAUAGAAAAAUUACCCAGACUUAUCAUAAGGAACUUCAAGGAUGAGUGUGAAAGCUUUUGAGCUGGUUCCAGCCGUAGAGCGGUUGAAACUGCUUGGGGAGAGAACUAGCAAAACUUCAAUUGAAUGUAUAGAAUGCUGUGGAAAGAAUCUCUACAUUGGGACAAGUGACUGCUUCGUGAUCCAUUAUUUGAUAGAAGAGAAAACGCAGCCGAAUGGCAAGAUCACAUUCUUCUCUGAGAAACAGUCUCAUAAAUACUUGGCUGUGAGAAAACCAAUUCAGCAACUUCAGGCAGCCUCUGCCCUAACCAGGAUACUUGUACUGUGUGAUAAUGUUCUGACGUUGCUCCAUAUGUUCAAUCUAGAGCCUAUUCUAAGUGGUGCCAAGAUCAAAGGAGUGACAUCAUUCUGUGUAAAUGAGAAUCCAAGAAGUGGUAGUCCUUUCAGCGUUGAGAUCGCUGUGGCCACAAAGAGGCGUCUGGUUCAAGUCUACUCUGUGACGGAAGACAAGAUGGUCCUGGUUAAAGAUGUAUCCAUACCAGAUAUUAGUGUCAAUAUUGGCAUUGAUUCAUUUUGCGUCUGUGUUGCCCUUAGCAACCAGUACAUCCUGGUGAACUAUGACACAGGUCAAAUCACAGACCUCUUUCCCAUCGAGACGGAGCAUACCACGCCGGUCAUCAAACGUGUUGGAAGGGAGGAGUUUUUACUCGCCGGUCCCGGUGCCCUUGGAAUGUUCGUCACCUCCGGGGGCAUGUCUCAGAGGCCGCCACUGAAGUGGGCGGAGUCUGUUUCAGCGGUCAGUUACACCUUUCCUUACGUGGUGGCGCUGGAUGAUGAAUUCCUUACAGUCCACAGUGUAUUGGACCAGCAGCAGAAGCAGACCAUUCCAUUUCAGGGAGGGAAGUUAUUGGGUGACUUUGAAGGAAAGAUGUUUGUCGCUUCCAAUAAAGAGGUCUAUGCAUUGGUUCCACUUCCAGUUGAGAAGCAGGUACAAGCAUUGCUCGCUGACAAACGAGUUGAAGAAGCCCUGAACCUUGCCAAGAAUUACAGGAAAGCUGGACUUGGGAAAGAUAAGUUCAUGCAGAUGUACAAUCGCAUACAGCAACAGGCAGGUUUUAUUCAGUUUGCCCAGCUCAAUUUUGCUGACUCCAUGGAAUUAUUCAAAGAAGCUAAGCUUGAUGUGAGAGAGCUGAUCUGCCUCUACCCGAACCUGCUGCCUUCCAACUCCAACUUCCACCGAGCGAUUCCUCCGCUUCACGACUUUGCCGAUAUUAGCCAGGUUGUGAGAGGAAAGCCUGACAAGGCGACAGAGUGUAAGCAGUUUCUCAUGGACUUCCUUGAGGACGUGAGGGAGACUGACCUAGCAGUUGGCAUGAAACUGGAGGUAGAUACAGCCCUAAUGAAGCUCUACGCCGAGUCCAACCCAUCCAAGUUAAUUACCCUCAUCUCAAGCGAGAACUCGGUUGACCCAGAAGACAGUCGUGAAUACCUUCAGCGAUUCGGUCGCCAUCAUGCUCUGGCGCUUCUCCAGAAGUACCAGGGGGACAGUGAACAGGCUAUGGUCAUAUGGUCAAGAUUAGUUGAUGGAGACAUUGCUGAUGAUACCUUCCCUGGACUAGGAUUUGUGAUUGAUUUCUUAUCAAGUUUAUCAGAUCAUGAAUUGGUAUGGAGGUAUGUGGACUGGGUCAUGAGAAAGGAACCGGAGAAUGCAACCAAGAUAUUCACUGAUAGACCAGAAAAUGAACCUGUUAGUGAGCGAAUGAGACCGGAUGUUAUUAUUGACUAUCUACACGCCUAUCCCACCGCUGUCAUCAGAUACCUUGAACACCUAGUCUUCGUCAAGAAAAUGGAGGUAAGUCAUGAAAUGAAAAACAUUUUGUGAUGAUGAUUUUGAUUGGUAAUCUCUUUAUUCUUCUCUCCCACAUUGAUGUUUUAAUCUUACUUUCCUUUAUCUUAAUCUCUCAAAAUGUGAUUCUUUUUUCCUUCAGUUUCCCAUCUUUCUAUAAUUCCUUUCAUCCUCUUUUUUUCCUCCCUCGUUUCGUUUACGUCACUUUCCUUCUACAAUUUUCCCUUCCUCAAUUCUCCAUAUUUGUAUCUUUGUCUUGCCCACCAGAGGUGAAGGGAAGACUUGAGGAUCCAAAUGUUGUCCGUCUGUCACAAACAUUAUGACACGUAACUCUGCAACUAUAAGUCACUUUUCAACCAAACUUAGAUGGUAGAUGUACUUGUUAUUUGGUCAGAGGUCACAUGGUAAGGUCAGAGUUCAUUUUGAGGUCAGCAUAAAAGUCUACAUGCAAGAUUCUUGUGACAAAUGUUACUCCAUACCAGUUAUUUCACAAUGAACUUUUGAUACAAUUCUGUUGCCUGCCCUUGCAAAUCGAGAUAUUUGUGGUAAUUUUCACGAGUGGACAAGACACAACAUAGCUUAUUCCUUGUUUCUUUCAAUUGCUUUUAAUGUUUACUUUUUCUCUUCAUCUCUCUCAUUUCCUUCUAUCCUUCUGUCUCUAUCUGCCAGAAUAUGUCUUGUUCCUUCUUCCAUUUCCCUUCCCUCUUCUAUUUUCUCAUGUCUCCUUUCAUUCUCUCUUCCUCAUUUUCCUUUUAAUAUCCCUCUUAAUUUUAUUUUCUUUAUUUGCCUCUCUGAAUUGUUCAGACGGUCCCUUAUCUCUCCAUCUGUCUUUAAUCUUCUCCCUCUCAUUUCUCUUUUGUCUUUCU